AUGGGAAAUCCAGCACAAUUUACUCUUCUGGCUUCCACUUUCUGCGUGAUGCUUACAAUGCAUUUCUCAGUACAGCUUCUCUCAGAACAUUUUUUCUACUGGAAGAAGCCAAAGGAGCAAAAAGCCAUCAUAAUCAUUAUACUUAUGGCGCCCUUAUAUGCUCUAGAUUCUUUUGUGGGCUUGUUAGAUUUAAAGGGAAGCAAUGUUUUCUUUACUUUUUUGGAUUCGAUCAAGGAGUGCUACGAGGCUUUGGUGAUAGCUAAGUUUUUGGGUUUGCUGUACAGCUACUUGAACAUAUCUAUAAGUAAAAACAUAGUGCCAGAUGAAAUCAAGGGACGGGAGAUUCACCAUUCAUUUCCCAUGACUCUUUUUCUGCCUCGCACUGUUCAUUUGAACCAUCAUACAUUGAAGCUUCUCAAGUACUGGACAUGGCAAUUUGUUGUGAUUCGCCCCGUGUGCUCCAUCUUGAUGAUAACUCUUCAACUCCUUGGAGUAUAUCCCAGUUGGGUUAGCUGGACAUUCACAAUAAUUCUGAAUAUUUCAGUGACACUGGCUCUGUAUUCUCUUAUUGUUUUCUACCAUGUGUUUGCUAAAGAGCUGGCACCACACAAACCUCUUGCCAAGUUCUUAUGCGUCAAAGGGAUUGUUUUCUUCUGCUUCUGGCAGGGAGUUGUUCUUGACAUACUUGCAGCAUUGAAAAUAAUUCGAUCUCACCAUAUCUGGCUGGACGUGGAGCAUAUUGAGGAAGCUCUUCAAAACAUAUUGGUGUGUGUGGAGAUGGUUUUAUUUUCAGUUUUUCAGAAGAAGGCGUACAGUGUUGAACCAUAUAGAGACGAUGGUAUACCAAGUAAGCCAAGGGAAAAUAAGAAAGAAUGA